GAGAAGAAGAGUUCAACGGUUCCUGUGCGGGGGAAUGGAGCUCAUUUUAGCGGUGGAUGGACCCUGUCUAUUCUAAUAGCCAUCAAAAUAGAAAGGCAGUCUGCGUCCCGCGUCUGUGUCUUCUCAGCUUUCAUUACUUGGCGCUCCUGCAUAUACACUUUCCAUCCAUUCAGGAUCACACUCACCGUUACUACACCGACGAGACAAUUUUCACUACCAUAAACACCACCAAGGUCCUCUCCACCACAGAACAACCUCCAACGCGUCGUUUUCCAACAUGGCUAUGGCUAAUCUCUUCGGUUUCUCCGCCCCGCUGGACGUGGAGAUUCGCUUCAACGGUCAGGAACAGCGCAAGCAAAUUGAGGCCAAGGUCGACAAGGACAGGCGUGAAAAGUUCCCGCUUUACUUUGACGGCGAAACCGUUGCAGGAAAGAUUAAUAUCAGAGUCAAGGACGGAAAGAAAGUGGAACACAAUGGCAUCAAGGUCGAGUUUGUCGGAAGCAUAGAGCUCUUUUACGAUCGUGGAAACCAUUAUGAGUUCAGGACAAUGCAGCAGGAAUUGGCCGUGCCCGGUGAACUCCGCAACAACACGACUUUCGACUUUGAAUUCAAGAAUGUCGAAAAGCAAUAUGAGAGUUAUCAUGGAAUCAAUGUCAAGCUGAGGUACUUUGUCAGAGUUACCGUUCAAAGACGUUUGGCAGACGUAGUCAAGGAGCAGGAUAUUUGGGUCCACUCUUAUGUCAUGCCCGCUGAUGGCAACAGCUCGAUCAAGAUGGAAGUCGGAAUUGAGGACUGUUUGCACAUCGAGUUCGAAUACAACAGGUCCAGAUACUACCUGAAGGAUGUUAUCGUGGGCAAGAUCUACUUCCUUCUCGUCCGUAUCAAGAUCAAGCAUAUGGAGCUUUCGAUCAUUCGGCGGGAAACAACAGGAGCACCACCAAACCAAUACAACGAGAGCGAAACAAUUACGAAGUUUGAGAUUAUGGAUGGCGCCCCCGUUCGCGGAGAGACCAUUCCUAUUCGACUCUUCCUCGGAGGUUUCGAGCUCACACCUACCUUCCGUGAUGUAAACAUGAAGUUCUCUGCUCGCUACUUCUUGAAUCUGGUGCUUGUCGACGAGGAAAACAGACGCUACUUCAAGCAGCAGGAAAUCACCAUUUUCCGUCGCCAAGUUGAUGAUGAGGCUCUUGAUGGUCUUGUACCGAUCGAGGCUUAAGCGCAGUGUGUGGCUCAUAUUCCCAUCCCUUUAUUAGAGUUCUCCGCACAAGCAUAGCAAGCUAUUCGAGCCCGAUUCAACGGGAACUCCUCAAUUCAAUAAAACAUACAAAGCACUCUCUAG